CCGGGGAGUUUGCUCAAUUGCAGCGGCAUUUGUGAUCCCAUCUCGAUUGCCCCGUCGCGUACCAUGGACCGCACUCCGGCGUGGAUGCUGAAGCGUCGGGCCGACGCCGAGGAGCCCGACAGCCAGGCCAGCGGGGCCAAAAAGCCAGGGCAGAGCAGCUGAUCGAGGAGGCUUCGAAGGAGUCGGGGGGCAAGGGCGGCGCCGCGCUCCUGAAGGCCUUGGUGCUGGUGCUCACCCGCCUGUCGCUGUCGAGCGCGGCCGAGCUGCGCGACGUCUGUGGGGUCGUGUUCUUGACGUGGCUCGUCGACGCCAGCAAUCCCGCGAUGAAAGCCGCCCGCGUCGCGGGCCGCACGCACCACGAGCAGGCGCAGCUGAAGAAGACCGAGGGGGAGGAGGCCAGUGCGGACCUCGGUCCGCCGUUCGUCCAUGUGUGGGCGGCGCUCGUGCACGGCAUGGGGACCGAUCCGAAGUGCCCGCCGCGCGCCCGGGAGAUCUUCGAGCAGUGCUGGCAGGAGAAGAUCUGCGCGAGGGAGCUCCAGCAGGUGGCGGAGGAGAUCCGGGCGUGCCGGGUGCGCCCGACGCGCAAGGGCGAGGGCAAGCCGGACAAGGUGCGGGUCACGCUGUCUGUCGAUCGCGGCCACGAUGGUCUCGAGCGAGCGGUGAUCCAGUACAUGCAGGCCGUGGGGGCGGUCCGCAAGAUCGGCCCGGCGCCUCGCGGUGCCUUGGAGCGCGACGCCGCGAAAUUCUUGGCGAAACUCGAGGGGAAGUGAGUCCCUUGGUGAGUAGUUCCCGCCCCGUUCCCUCCUCCCCUCCUCCCCUGCCUCAGUCGAGAGGCCGCCAACGUGCUCCGGAGAAGCGUUUCCGGAGCACGUUGGACGAUUCUCGACUGCCUCCUCCUCCUUCCCCUGCGUUCCGCGGCAGCGCCCGCUUUCUGGAGUUGCAGGCGCGCGGUUUCUUCGAUGCCCCUGGGAGGGGGCAGGUGCAGCCCGAGGAACCGCAGAAUGUGACCCUGGAAGUUUUGGAUGACCCUGCCCGGUAUGAAAUCCUUGGGAUCGCCCAGGAUCGGGGCCGAGUUUUUGUGCAGCAGCCCCGCGCCAAGCCAAGUGGCCGUGGCCGGGGUAGAGGUGGAGGUAAGGCUCCGCCUAGGACGUCGAGUGUGUAGUUCUCUUCUGUGGGAGAGUCUGGACGGGGGUAGGAGCAAUGCCGUGGAGCACCCCAAGCGGUACACCCCGCUUGUGGGGCGGCUCUUGGUUUGUGCGCAUCCCGCCAACAGGGCGACUUGACCGACAGCGCGCCUUUGAAGGCCACCCAGAUCCUGUUUUUGAGUGUCCUGAUGCCCGACGCGGGUCUGCGCUCGCAGAGGGCCUCGGAUUGCAGUGGACACAGGGUCCCAGGUCGUUCUCGCGCUCGCACCCGGGCACGGCCUUGUUGCUAGCGACCCCCGCAUCCGCAUCCGAUGGCGCCGCC